AUGGAUGUGCAGAUGGAUGCGCAGAUGGAUGCGCAGAUGGAUGCGCAGAUGGAUGCGCAGAUGGAUGCGCAGAUGGAUGCGCGGGAGGAUGCGCAUCGACAUUGGAUGGUAAAGAUGAAUGAUGACAUGAAGGAAGCCAAAUCUUUCUGCCAGAGCCAGCUAGAUAUCCAAAGCGGGAAGGAGAUAGUCCACGGACUGUAUGGUAAUGUGCAAAUCGAUGCUACGGUAGUCAAUGAGCGCUACAAGAAUCGCAGCACCGAAUGGCAACAUUUCAUUAUGCUCUAUGGCCUUACUCCGGAUAAUGUGAACGACCUUGGUAUUAUCUAUAAAUUUCCCUUUGAUACUCUUUUCAUCGCUAACAUGUUCUAG